CAAAUUUAACAAGACAAAUUCCAAAAAUGGGGAUACAUUUCAUCUCGAUUCUGCAUAUAUUUACAAAAGGUCCAACUGUUGUUCAAACCAAGUCCAAUAAUCUCGAAAGUCUCACGUAUUUGGUGUUGAAUUCGUCCAUUUUACACCAUAAUUAAUUUGACGUUUGCCUCCUUCCUAUCAUAACACAAAAUGACAAAAUAAAAAUAUCAACAAAUAAAAGUAAAUUUGAAAUUAUAAAAUAAAAACUGUUAAAAAAAAACUAUGGAAUCAACUAUUAUUUGUCGUGCAUGUCUAAAUGAAAUCUCUCGUCAGUACAUUUCUCUCGAUACACCUCUCAACGAUACCACAGUGCUAGAGGUUUUCAAUUAUUGCACUAAACUUAGAGCAAACUUGAACGAUGACUUCCCAACAAACAUCUGCAUUCCCUGUGGAAGAUCAUUACAAGCUGCUUACGAUUUCAUUAAAACUGCCUAUGAAACAGAUCAAAUACUUCGUGGUUGUGCUGGCCACACAACAGAAAAGGAGGAUUUGCCUCCUCAACAAGAGAACAUCUCACAAAAUGAGGAAGAUGACAACAUACACCAAGAUUUAAAAGAGAUCCAAUAUGAAUCCGAUAGAGACUAUACAGAAGAAUAUAUCGAAGAGAUUGACAAUAUAAAAUUGGAGAAUGAAGAACCCCAAUACGUGGUUUUAUCAGCGAAAGAAGAAGUCAAUGUCGAACUAAUCGAAGAGGAUGGACAACAAAGUUAUAUUGAGUCGUUUACUGAAGCAGAAGUACCUGAAGAAAGCUUUGAUUUGCAAAAAGAUGAAUCUACAAACGAGGCUAAUGAUUCAAGUAGUACAAACGAAAAACUAUACAUUCAUGGAGAAUUUGUAGAAGAUUUUGAAGAUGUCCAUUACGAAGAUGAAAACGAUGAAAGAAACCUUAAACUGAAUGAACCAAAAGAAGAAAACUCCUCACAAGAAAUUUACGAUGCUGAUGAAUCCUCAAAUAAAAAACAUGCAAAACAAACUCCUCUAAAAACUUGGUGUUGUGAGGUAUGUGGAAAGUUUUUCUCAUCAAAACAAAAACUAGCUGCACACAAUCUUGUUCACACCAAAGAAAAGAACUUCCCUUGUAGUUUGUGUCCAAAACGUCAUGCGACAAUAUUCCGACAUCGAGAUCAUAUGAAAACACACGAAAACAUCCGCAAUCAUGAAUGUGAAUAUUGUCACGAAAGAUUCUUUUCCAAAAGUACCUUGAUAUGCCAUCUGAGACGGCACACCGGCGAACGUCCGUAUAAAUGUGAAAUCUGCGGAAAAUCAUUCACUCAAGCUUCCAUCAUGAAAACACAUGCUGCACUCCAUACUGGCAAGACUGUUGAAUGCAAUUUGUGUUCUAAGAAAUUCACACGGCCUUCACAUUUGAUUCUGCAUCGACGUAGUCAUACGGGGGAGCGUCCUUAUUUGUGUACACAUUGUCCAAAUCGUUAUAGACAAAAAAGCCAUUUGGAUCGGCAUCUGGAUACGCAUAUGGGAGUGAAGCAUACCUGUGAGAUUUGUGGCAAGAAUUAUACGAAAAAGUCAUCGCUGAAUACGCAUAGGUUUGUUCAUAUGUCGACAAAGCAAUUUAAGUGCGGAGAAUGUGGGCUGGAGUUUUCGACGAAAGAUAGAUAUAACCGUCAUAUGAAAAACAUGCACAAGUCUACAAAGAUGAAAGAAAAUUCUCGAAACGAAAACGAAGUCCUAUGAACGGAAACUGAAACAACACAAUUGUGUGAUUUAGACACUCAAAUCUUAAAUAUUCAAAGCAAACAUCAAUAAAUGUUAAUUAUUUUACAAAA